UUCAAUACUCAAUAGAGAAUAGCAAAAAUACAAAAAAUGUGGAUUUUUCUUGGCUUUGAGUGGAAGAAGAAGCCUUCAAGCAACCGAAUUCUUCUCUCUACAAGUUCCAUUACAAUCCUUCACACUCUAAUGAAACUUCUCGCUCCAAAAUAAAGGGUAUGGAAAUUAUCUCAUACAAUAGCCCGCCAAGCUGUCAUAUUGUAAACUUGAGGUGGAGAUUUGUGGAGAGAUGUUCGAAUUCAUGCCCAUCAAAGCAUACAUCAUUUAGGAAACCCAAUAUUUUGUGUACUAGGAUUUAUUCCAGGAGUAGGUUUCUAAGAUAUUCUGAUAAUAACCAGUUAUUCUUAAAGAAUCUUGAUCAUGGGAAAGGUUCUCAUUCAUUAAAAGCUGUUGAAGGGUUUAAAAAGGUAUUUUCAAAGAUAUCAAGUGGGAACUAUAAUGACUAUGUAAUUGAUGGGGAAGAGGGUUCUGGAAAUGUUUCGAAAGAUGGGGCAUCGAUACCUAAGGUUUUAAUUCCAGGCUUGCCAGAUGAAUCUAAUGGUGAAUGUGGUGCACCUAUAAGCGGUUGUUUUUGGGAGUGGAAACCUAAAUUUACUAUGCAUUAUGAGAAUGCAGGGUGUGAAAAUGUAAAUUCCCCACCAGUGCUGUUCCUUCCUGGCUUUGGUGUUGGUUCUUUUCAUUAUGAGAAGCAACUAAAAGAUUUGGGCAGGGACUAUAGAGUAUGGGCAAUUGACUUUCUUGGGCAAGGCAAGUCAUUGCCAUUUGAAGAUCCUACUGUAUGGUCUAAUGAAGGAUGUGCAACAGAAAAGAAGGAUAAAGUGUGGGGAUUUGGAGAUGAAACUGAACCAUGGGCAAGUGAGCUUGUUUUUUCUAUGGAUUUAUGGCAGGAUCAGGUUUGCUAUUUCAUAAAGGAGGUCAUUGGUGAACCAGUUUAUGUUGUGGGGAACUCACUGGGAGGAUUUGUUGCAGUUUACUUUGCUGCGCACAACCCUCAACUGGUGAAGGGUGUUACAUUGCUUAAUGCAACCCCCUUUUGGGGAUUUUUACCUAAUCCUGUGAAGUCUCCAAGACUAGCAAAGAUUUUUCCAUGGUCUGGAACAUUUCCUCUACCUGCAAGUGUGCGAAAGCUCACAGAAUUGAUUUGGCAGAAAAUAAGUGAUCCACAAAGUAUCGCCGAGGUGCUUAAACAGGUUUAUGCAGAUCAUUCUACUAAUGUAGACAAAGUUUUCUCUCGUAUUCUUGAGACAACUGAACAUCCUGCCGCUGCUGCAUCGUUUGCAUCAAUUAUGUUUGCUCCACAGGGACAACUAUCCUUCAGGGAGGCUUUAUCUAGGUGUCAGAUGAGUGAUGUUCCAAUCUGUCUUAUGUAUGGAAAAGAAGACCCCUGGGUUAGGCCUAUAUGGGGCCUUCAGGUGAAAAGGCAGCUACCCGAAGUUCCAUACUAUGAGCUCAGUCCAGCCGGUCACUGCCCUCAUGAUGAAGUGCCUGAGGUUGUAAACUAUUUACUUCGUGGGUGGAUAAAAAACCUGGAGUCUGAGGGCUCAGUUGCAUUGCCUCUGCUUGAUGACAUAGAAAGCAUUCAGUAUAGCAUUGCGAAGGACUUGGAAUUUAUUAGAGAAGGAUCAAAAAAAUCAGUAAGAGCACAAUUCCUCGGGUCUAGUUUCUCACUUUGGAAUCGGAUGGCUCGCUUUGGGAAAUUAGAAACUAAGCCUUGAUCACUGACACACAGCUUACUUAGUUUGCCAAAAGUGAGGUAAAUUUGAAAAUGUAACAUGUUCGUUUGGUUCAUCAUAGAAAAAAAUAUCAAAUUAAUUGGAUGA